UUUCUCCCAUUUCUGCGGAAUAUCUCAUCCUCCACCGCGGCUCAGAAUCGCUCCUCCAACUCACAACAUGGCGAGUGUGCGCGUUGCUUCCCGACUCCUCUCAAAGAGGGUGCUACCCAAAACAAAAGCAGUCCCUGCUGCUGCUGUUCAGGGAUACAGAAACUUUCACUUCUCCAUCUACGGCAAGAAGAAUGCCAAAGUUUCAGAUGAUAUCUCUACUCAGUACCCAGUUGUGGAUCAUGAGUUUGAUGCUGUGGUGGUAGGAGCUGGAGGAGCCGGACUUAGGGCAGCUUUUGGCCUGUCCGAGGCUGGCUUCAACACGGCAUGUGUCACAAAACUGUUCCCUACCAGGUCUCACACUGUCGCUGCACAGGGUGGGAUCAAUGCAGCUCUGGGGAACAUGGAGGAGGAUGACUGGAGGUGGCACUUCUAUGACACAGUAAAGGGAUCUGAUUGGCUGGGAGACCAGGACGCCAUCCACUACAUGACAGAGCAGGCCCCUGCUGCCGUAGUGGAGCUGGAGAACUUUGGCAUGCCGUUCAGCCGCACCGAAGAUGGGAAGAUCUACCAGAGGGCUUUUGGUGGUCAGAGUCUCAAGUUUGGAAAAGGAGGCCAGGCCCAUCGCUGCUGCUGUGUAGCAGACCGGACGGGACACUCGCUACUGCAUACACUUUAUGGACGGUCCCUUCGUUACGACACCAGUUACUUUGUGGAGUACUUUGCCCUGGACCUGCUGAUGGAAAAUGGAGAGUGUAAAGGAGUGAUUGCUCUCUGCAUGGAGGACGGAUCUAUUCACCGUUUCAGAGCCCAGAAUACUGUCAUUGCUACUGGGGGUUAUGGAAGAACCUAUUUCAGCUGCACAUCUGCCCACACUAGUACAGGAGAUGGAAAUGCAAUGGUGACCAGAGCUGGCCUGCCUUGCCAGGAUUUGGAGUUUGUUCAGUUCCACCCCACAGGCAUCUAUGGAGCUGGUUGUCUGAUCACAGAGGGUUGCCGUGGUGAGGGAGGGAUCCUGCUCAACAGUGAGGGGGAGCGCUUCAUGGAGCGCUACGCACCCAACGCCAAAGACCUGGCCUCCAGAGACGUGGUGUCCCGCUCCAUGACCAUCGAGAUCAGAGAGGGCAGGGGUGUUGGUCCAGAAAAGGACCAUGUGCACCUGCAGCUUCACCACCUGCCUCCCCAGCAGCUGGCCACAAGGCUGCCUGGUAUUUCGGAGACGGCCAUGAUCUUUGCUGGUGUCGACGUCACUAAAGAACCCAUCCCUGUCCUGCCAACGGUUCAUUACAACAUGGGUGGAAUACCCACAAACUACAAGGGACAGGUGAUAACCCAUGCAGAGGGAAAGGACAAGGUAGUUCCUGGGCUGUAUGCCUGCGGCGAGUCGGCUUGCGCCAGUGUCCAUGGCGCUAACCGGCUGGGCGCUAACUCUCUGCUUGACCUGGUGGUGUUCGGCAGAGCCUGUGCCCUCACCAUCGCCGAGGAGCACAAACCUGGAGAGAAACUGUCCCCUUUGGCGCCGAGUGCAGGAGAGGAGUCUGUGGCCAACAUGGACAAGCUGAGGUUUGCCAACGGAAGCCAGAGAACCUCCGAGAUCAGGCUCAACAUGCAGAAGACCAUGCAGGCCCAUGCCGCAGUGUUCCGCACCGGCGCCGUUCUGAAGGAGGGGUGCGUCAAGAUGGACGCCAUUUACCAGACUUUGGAUGACAUCAAGACGUUCGACAGAGGCAUUGUGUGGAACACAGACCUGGUGGAAAGUUUGGAGCUGCAGAAUCUGAUGCUGAACGCAGUCCAGACCAUCAACUCGGCUGAGCAGAGAAAGGAGAGCCGGGGCGCUCACGCCAGAGAGGACUUCAAGAACCGCGUCGAUGAGUACGACUACUCAAAGCCCCUGCAGGGCCAAGAGAAGGUGCCCUACGAGCAGCACUGGAGGAAACACACCAUGUCCUACGUCGACCCGAAGACUGGAAAGGUGACCUUGGAGUACCGCCCCGUUAUCGACAACUCUCUGGACGAGCAGGAGUGUGCCCCCGUCCCUCCUGCCAUCCGCUCCUACUAAGAUCUCAUGUCCUUUCAACAAGCAGUUUGCUCAUUUAUGUGCUAUUUAUAAAGAUGAUGAUGAUGAUAUCUGGGACAAGCCAACUUAUGACUGCACUUGUAUCCCUUUUAAGAUGGCAAUUACAAAACUGUUUUGUCUUCAAACUCCAUUCUUUUGUCUCCGCCUCCUUGUUCCUCUGUGUGUUUCUGCCUUGAUUGAAUCUGUGGUGGCAAACCGAUUUCAACGUGGUUCUUGUGAUCUCUCACACUUUGAGUGGAUAUUGUGUAUGUAUAUUAUGAGUAGUCGGUGUUUUUCACCCUACAGCUGAAGUGAAACAUUAAUCGUGUGUUGAUACACUUACGGUUUGCUUUCUGUGACAGUCCCCUACUUACAUUCACAAGUUUUGUUGCGCAUUCUUAAAUUAUACGAGAAGGCGAGAAGUUUAAUGAGAUAGUCGACAUGAUUGCAAUUUGAAAUGCACAAGUAUGACAAACCAGAGAUGGAAGUUUUAAGUAUGUAAAUAUUGUUUAAAUGUACAAUAAAACAUAACGAGUUAGACUCUAUGUGCAUGUUGGAAGUAUGAGGUAGUAUGAGUAUGGCCUUCAGUCUGUGAUGCAAAGAACAGCCUCUGUUUUAUGCGCAGCAUUUAAUCUGCUGAUGAACUUAAGUUGUCUGUAUUUCUUAACUACUAAAGUUGACCAAAUUAAGCAGCGGAAUGCUUGUAUGUAUUUAACAGAACACUGUGUCACAUCUGUUGGCAAAGUGGCUUUGCUUUACGUUUGGUGUUGCUUUUGCCUUUAAAAAAAAAACCAAUACAAGUUCCAGUAAGAGUCAGUGGUGAACACGUUAUGUUGCUCACCAGUGCUCUUCCAGAAUAAAUGAAUUGUUCUGGUCACUAACAUUGGUGCCCGGCUCUUAAGCGCUUCAAGAGCCCUUGAGAUAUGAGCAGUUUCUAUACAAACAAAACUGUGGCAUGAAGAAAUGGAAUGGAAAACAUCAACUUGCUGGAAUUCCACAAAUUACCUUGAAGGAUAUUCUUGUGAUAUUGCACUGUACUCAAUCGCUGAACGGGGGAUUUUUUUUUUUUGCCUGUUUUUAAAAACAGGUUUGACUUCAUUUUGCAUUUGUACCUAUUCGCAUAUCUUCAAUAAAGCUUAGACUACAUAGAAA